UUUUAUUUAUGGAUAUUGCUUGAAGCGCAGUGUCGGUACAUACAUUUACAGCUGAUUCACUCGAUUGUUUACAGGAAUGAGGAUAAAAAAUAAUACGUUUUAGUGAUUGGCGAACAAAUUUUAUCAAUCCACUUAUAAGUAUGGGAUGUUGUUACAGUUUUUGUAAGGAAGACAGCGGUCCGCAGAGUGGGGAAGUAAAUGAAAGGACACACUUGUUGGUAGAUCCUGUCAGUAAUAACACAAACAUACCUAGAGUACACAGCGAUGAUUAUGUCAAUCAAUAUGCAAGCUCAGCACCCAAAAAGACAGAUGAACAAAGUGCAUUAAAUAGAAUUUUACAUGAAACAGCUGCUAAUGUGAUAGAUGUUGCAGCAUUAGAUUCCCAUAAUUUGGAACAGCAUGAAUAUAUGGAUAGGUCACGUGCAUAUUCUAAGCGUAUAGAAGCUGGAGGUAUUAAAGUCCCUGAUACCACAUCUUGCCUACUUAAAGAUAUCCCUGCUCCAGAAAAGAUAUUAGCAGCAGAUCCUCUUGCUGCUGGGGAUCAUGGGCUGAUUACAGAAAUGCUCAGUAAGGCUGUGGCAGCAUUAGGAGAUGUAAAAGUUGAACACAAGGAGGACUUGGUGGUUCCUUUCUUAUCGUGAUCUUAUGAUAUUUCCUCAGUAAGAUUACAUCUUACUUGAGUGAAAUGCUUAUAUUACAUGACAAAAACACAUGCAAAAUCAAUUUUUGAUGAAUUAGGUCUGAAUUUAUUUCAGAAUGUAUUUAAACAUAAAUAUCCAUUAAGCAUUCUGAUGCUGUGUAUUAUAAAUGAAAGUUCAGGUCCUAUUUCUUAAUAAUUACAUAUUAAUGUCUUGACAAUUUCUGAAUAAUACAAUAAGAUUGUUUUGAAAUGUUAAGAUUUCAGGUAUUUUCAAAAGAUCAGUUUCUAAUAAAAGUACUGAAUUUGGUAGUGCUUUCCUGUAAUUUGUACACAAUACUGUAAAAAGUUAUUCCACUGUUAUUGAAUUUCACUAAGGUGUAUACUGGAAAACAAGUAAUAUAAAAAGGCUAUUUUGUCAUAGUUUAAUAAAUACAAUCGUCA